AAAGACGAAGACAAAAUGGCGUUGUAGAGGUGUGAAUCAGCAAGCGGUCCUUCUAAUUUUCACCUUUUCCUCCACUGACUGAGCGUCUUCAGAGCACACUUCGACCAGACAACACAGACACCAUGGACUCAGUCAGCAGUACCACAGGAACAGAGCUGACCAGGGUACGGCACAUCCUGGGCCUCAUGCAGAAAAACCUGGAGUGCCCCAUAUGUUUAGACCUGUUGAAGAACCCUGUCUCCACCCGAUGUAACCACCAGUUCUGUAGAUUCUGCAUCUUGAAGGCCCUAACAGGAAAACAAAGUGUCUCCUGUCCACUGUGUAAGGAGGAGGUGACCAAAAGGAGUCUACAAGACAACAGUCAGCUACAACAGAUCAUCACAGCUGUACAGUCGGUGACAGAGGCCGUCUACAAAGACACUGGUCAACAAAAAGCCCCUCCUGUAGGAUCAUCACAGAACUGCAGGAAGGCUCAGGACCAGGAGGAGCAGGGAGAAAAGAGGAGACACAUUUCCACAGACUCAGAAGAAGGAAAUGGAAUACCCUCCACUGUACAGGUCAGGAACAGGCGCAACAUCAGACAGGCCAAGCGAAGAAGAGUGGAGGAAACACCUGUUUACAUUGAGGAAGAUCCAGUGGAGGAUCAUUCAGCACCAAGGACAAGCACAAAUAUAAACAUCAGUUGUGGCUUCCCUGUGCAAGAACCCUCAAAAGGAAGGAAAAACAGGAAUGUGACCGACUCCCCGGACCGCGAGAACCUUCGUAGGCCGACCUCGCGUAGAACCAGACAUGCCGCGAGAAGGGACGGACGCUCCAGUAAUCGUGAUCGUGGCAGCGGACAGCUGGAACAGACUGUGGCCAGCACAGAACUACUCUCAGCUCUGGUGGAGAAUUCACUGGGUGUGUCAGGUGAUGGUCAUGUGACCAAUGGUUGCCAUGGUGAUGAUGAUGUCACAGGGAAUGCUGACCCCUCGGCAGAAGGUGACAGACUCUUACACGUGCUUGGGGAGGCCUCACUGGGACUGUUGGGGCAGAGCACAGAGAACAUUGGAGAUCCUGUAGCUCUCUGCAAUACUGGAGUUCCAAAAACUGAAGCUCAAGUUGGUGACAAGCCUUUACUGAGCAGCCAUGGUCACAAUGCAGAUGAGGGAUCCCGGGAAGAUGACCAGAGGUCGGACACCCUCGGUCCCACCGUUAGUGAGGCCGAACCUCUGGACAUCAGCAAGGAACAAGAACAGAUGACCGUCGACCUUCUGACCACAGAAGAUGAAGUUCCUGCUGACAUAGGGACGGCUGUAAGGGUCAAAGAAAAGGUAGAAUUUUGGCUGAAGCACCACAGUCUACAACCGGAGGCCAACAACAAAACUGACACAGAACCAGUAGGCAUGGAUGAGUUGGAUCCCUACGAAUUCAUAGGAAGCCAACAGGAUCCUGCAAAAGAGAAAAAGAAGCCCAAAAUAAGGGUUAAGAAAGUAAGAAAGCCUGCUGCAGCUGGCAAAAGGAACCAAAAGACUCCAACUACCACCAAGAUGUCUUCUGGUCCUUCCAAAGGAAAACCUGGGAAGUCGUCAGCCAAACAGGUUGAAGAAGUAGAUGGUGGGGAGGAAGAAUAUGCAGAGCAAGACCAGGAAGUGUCCUCAGCUGCUAGUAUGACUGAUGGUUCAGAAGCCUCGUGGAAGCCAGGCCAGUCUGAUCCGGAUUGGGGGAAGGGAAGAAUGAGUAGAAGGAGAUCAGCCGAGAUAAAAGCUGAUGAGGAGUCUGUAUCCAGUAAAGGACGAAGAAGGAAGCAAAGAAGAGCUGUGGACAAGGAAGACCAGCUGACUGUGUCGUCAGGAAGCAGCAGUCAGUUACGUAUCGAUCGCUGGGUACAGAGGAAGGAGAAGGUGUUUGUCAAGAGCUACAGUAAACCUGCUUUGUCCCGGAGAGAGAAGAGAUUACUCCAGAAGAAGACAGAAGGUCUUGAGGAGCAGUGGAGGAGAGCCAAGAACAUGGCCGGAGACUUCUCUGCCAAAGUCUUGCACCCCAUCGCUGAAGAACUCCCCAGAAAAACCAAGAAGAAAUCUAAGAACAAGGACACACCGUUGGAAGUUCCCGUAGAGGAAACAAUAAUCCCACAACCAGACUCACCAGAAAAACCAAGCAUGGGAAGGAGAGAAGAGGUGCAAAAUAGUGAUGAUGACAUGUGUGUUUACCUCACAAGCAAUGGAGAACUUCUCAAUGAGCCAAAUAGCCCUGAAGACAGUGACGGUCCUACAGAAGAUCCAGAUCCAGAAAAGCAGCCGGCCAAGGAAAAAUCUGUCGCACUGACAGAUCAGGAACAGAAGAUCGCAGCAGAUCUGAAUGAGCUGGAUGAGCAGACCUUCAGUCAACUUGGCAUGUUCUCACAGCAGUAUCUACAGAAGAGGAAGAGAAGGAAGGACAGGAAGAAGAGGUUUGAAGAAGAGCAAGAUAAGGAUGAGGACAACAUCUUUGCAGCAAUCCGGGCUUUAGAAGGUGAAAGCAAUCUUUGCAAUGAGAAACAUGAAGACCAAGAUGAAACAUCAAGAAAGGAAGCUGAAUGCAUGGAAGUGGAAGACAAUGAGUUGGAUCCAGAAGAUCACAUUCCAGAAGCGACAGGAACAGUUACAGUAGAAAAGACGACUUUCAGGAAGUCUCGACAGGCAAGGUCUCUGUCCCGAGCCCGCAGAGGUGAAGAAGAUGUCACAGGAGAAGAAGCAAGGCCAAGAAGGACAAGGUCGUCUACAAGGAAGGGUACAGAAGAUAACCUUGAGAAAAAUGGCCAGGAGAAGUUAGAUGUUCUCCCUGCAGAAGUUGGGAACAUUGGGUCAAAGGAAAGCCUUGGACAAGCACCAUCUACAUCUAAGGCCAAGAGUGGAAGGAAGAGACAGGAUGAGAAGGGAGAUAGAAAAAGAAUUUCUGAAGAAACAUCUGGACUUGAUUACACGAAAGAUAAGUGUGAAGAUGUCACCCAAGAUCUUGUCAAUGAAGGAGUUUCUAAGAAGCCAGAGGAAGGAAAAGGAAGACAGCACUCUGCGACAAAGGAAAGAAAGACAUCCAAGUCUGCAAAGGAGCCGGAAACUAGGCAAGAAGAUUCUGUCAACAUUGGAGAAGCUGUCACAAAGCAAAAUGUUUCAUGUCAAGAAACUUUGCAGAUGAGAAAACGCCACGCAGCUGAAGAACAAACAAACACGAAACCGAUCGGUAACAUGACGGAAUUGCUUAGUCUACAAGAGACAAGGCGCAGCAAGAUGUUGUCUGAGAAAAGGAGUAAAGAUGACUCAAAGCAUCUCCCUCUUGUGACCACGAAAGACAAAGUCCCCCAGGAUCCUUACCAGUUUCAGUGUAGCCAGGACUGCGGUGGAAAGAAGAGAGCAGGAAAGAAGAGGGGAAGACGGCAACGAGGUAAAGUGAAGAAGCUGAAAAGGACGAAAGCAAGGAAAAGGGAACUGCUGUUGAUCAAAGCAGGAUGGAUGGAGAAAGAAGAAGAUGGAGAAGAAGAACUUGAUGAAAGUGAAGAGGAAAAUGUUCAGGAGAGUGUAAAUAAAAACAAUGAUAAUGAAGAGAUGGUUGAUGAAAUACACAUGGAUGAAUGCAAGGAUGCCCAAACGCACUUGGACAAACAAGAAGGAGGAGACCAGGAUACAAUUCCACCAGAGGAAGGAAUAAACAACACAGAAGUAUCAGUUGUUCCUGAGUCAAACCCCAACACGCAGGAUACUUGUAUCCCAAGCAGUCUCAAAACCAAAAGGCAAGGUGUCGUUGACCUCACUGCCAGUCAACCGAGUUAUCCAGUGGAAGACACUCCAGGCAUUUACUCCACGGAGAUCAUUCCUCCGUCUGUGGAGGAGCAUCAGAUUAAGUCUCCUCAAGCUGGCAAAAACAAGAAGAAGAAGAAGGAGAAAACAGGGGAAGUCUCAAAAUUGUCCACGUCUGUGAAAGUUGCAUCACAGGACACUGAGAACUCUGAGGACAUCAUCGGACCAUCCUGGCAGGAAAAAGAACAAAAACAGCCAAAAGACAAACUCAACAACAAACCAGAAAAUGUACAGUCGCCAGAAGAAGUUCAAAACAUAAGGAGUCCAAGAUGCAGUCCCAAGAAUGUCUCAGCUAAGAAGAGAGAAGAAGACGCAAGAAGAAGUGUAAGACACAGCUCAGAGAAAGACAAGGAUGGGCAGCAAGACAUAUUGAACAGUCCAAGACGUAGACCAAGGAAACCUUUGGAAGAACAAGACCUAAGGAGGAGCCCAAGGCACAGCACACGUAAAUCCUUAGCUGGAGUUAUUGAUACAGAACAUGAUGAAGUAAGCCGAAGGCACAGCCCAGAGAAAGACAAGAANAAAACAAAUGACAGAACCAGUCCAAGACACUGCCUUGAAAAAGCUUUGGAUCAAGAAAAGACUGAAGAAGAAGAGAUGAAGAAAAUUCCAACGCAUGGGACUAAGAAAGAAACAGACAAACGCAAGAACAAAACAGGAAAGCAAAACCUGCAACCCUCUUGCAAAGAGAAAAGAAGCACACUACAAGACUAUGGGAAUGUUGUCAGGAACAUCCCUGAUACAAUCACUCUAGCGAGUCCUUCCCCACCGAGGAGAAACUUCGCAGGCGUGGCCGGCAACACGAGAUCGCACAGGACCGGAGAAGGACACGUCAGCGACCCAAGAACCGAGGAAGAAAUCUUCUCAUCACCUGGAACUCAAGACACAAGUUUAGAGAACAGUAUGGAGGACUGUGUGGCCAUUCCUGAGUCUGAAACAGCUACAGAGUUUGAGGGGAAGUUGGUGGAAGUGGUAGCUGAUGUACACAGGUUGGCUGAGUUCUCGGAGGGAAGCCAGCGAACUCAGACACAGAACAAGUUAAGAAAAGUAUUAUCUGAGGUACAGUCUCCAGGGCAGAACACCAGUCAGAGGACUCCAGCAUCACUCCACAGCAGUGGGAAGGACAGCACCCCUGGGGAGGUGCCCCCCACCCCAGGGGAGAUGUUCCCCACCCCUCCCCCACCCUCCACACCUCUCAGCAGCAGUGGUCAGAAAGCCGCAGCAGACAGGAACAGACUGAGCACACGCAGACGACGCUCACAACUCCGCUCCCCAGAAAGCAUGCCAUCUGACCAUCCUACCUCCCCACAGAAUACACCUUCUACACCAGAUCUCCUGAAGUCAGCUGCAGCUGGCACCAAGUCCACCAAGUCUUGUGCUACGCCUACAGUCCCUCCUGAUGCAGUGGACAGUGGAAAGGAAACACCAAAGUCAUAUCCUCCUGAGAGUGACGUAUCCACACACUGUAGUCAGAGGACCACACAAAGUGAUUACAGAGAACACCUGGAUUUAAAUGUGGUCCCAGACAGUGAGGAAAAUGCCCCAAGGAGAGGAAAAAGAAAAUCCUCUAUAUUGCAGAAUACUUCUAACUCAGAAGCAAGCCCUAAGACGAAAGUGACGUCCCCAAGCACCAUGUUACAGCAGUCUUUUCUAGAUUCUGGAAACACAGAAGCCAGCGUCUCGCUACUUGAUAAUGUAAAACUGCAGACAAAAGCUUCAGAAGUGGUUUCCCAGCAGAAGCGAAAGAGUCCUAGACUCAGCAGGGAGGUAUCUGACAUUGACAAAAACGAAAAUUCAAGCAGAGAAGUAACACAGAAACUGGAGCAAACUAAAGCUGAAGAAACCAACUCUGGAAGUCAUCUUAAAGAACAAACACGAGGAGGAAAAGGGGAAGACAAAGCCGACUACUUGGAGCUCACUGAAAAUGUGGUUGCAACACAAGCUACCUUCAACGGACAAGGCCAGAAAUCAGAAGAAAACGAAGAUCAAGAUCUUGCUGAGGAGGUAAAGCAAAACGUUCAGGUAGAAGACAAUGAGCAGGAGAUAGAAGAUGCACAAGAGGAGGAUGGUACAGAAGAUGAAGAGGAUGAUGAUAGUGAGGAAGAGGAUCUUGUCCCUCCAACUCCUCCAGACACAUCCUUCACACAACUGACACAGCGAACUAUGACAGUAAAAUCCAAACCUAGGAUACCAGAAAGGUUUGAUGUGCAAGAAAACAACCGUCAGCCUGUCAUAAUCGAAGAAGAGGAAAACCGUGAGUGUGGCUGGUCGGACGAUGAUGAUGAUGAACUGCCUGACCUUGAUGACAAUCAUCAGGUGUCACCCACGUGUCAUUCCAACACAGCCACACCACAGAACAGGUCAGAGAAACAACCAGAUACGAAGGAAGCCGUCAAGGAAAGUCAAGAUGACAUUUCUCAAGCAACGGAUACUGACAUCAACACUCGUUCUCAGAGCAAGAGAAGGAAAGAAACAAGUGCAGUACUGGACAUGAAAGAUGAAGUAACAGUUGAAUCAUUGCCCAAAAGGAGGAAGUCAGAAGGAAACACAGAACCAGAGUCAGAAACCAAAAGGAUCCCUAUAGCUGAUGCUUUUGAUGUCACAGCUUGCUUAGAGAAUAAUGAAGAGUCAGACUUAAGCCAAGACAGUCACACCCACGACCUGACCAAUGCCUCGACCCUGAGUGAGCUGUAUGAUACACAGCACCAGGACAAGUUAAAGAACGAUGUGCAGCACCUGGAAGGACAGAUGGCCAUGAUACAGAUGCUUCUGGCCAAGGGGAAGGAGAGAGCAAGAGAGAAGGAGAAAGAAGAAAACAACAGUGAGGAACAGCAUCUCACAACAGUACACGAAGAGAACAUGCAGGUUUCUGAAGGUGACCAAGAGGAAAUUCUAAGUGGAAAGGACUUGUAUGGAACGCCUUCUUCACAAGCGUCUGCUAAAGACAUUUACUCCACUGCACAUGAGGGGACAACUCCUAGGAAACUGAGGUCCAGUAGCACUCCUACUGAAACCAACCACUCACCCACCAAAGAGUACAACUUUCGCAAGCGAGUGUCGUCUCCUCAAAGAUCACAGGAGGCGUCUGUGAAGUCACAAAAGUCUCGCCGGUCACAAAGCUCGCCAAGGUCAUCCCAACCUUGCCUGUCGCCACGAUCACCCUCCCCGCCUCCAACUUUUUCUCCGGAGAAGACACGAGCGUCGAGAGCGCUCCCACCGGCCAUACAGGCUGCAGCAAGCCUUCUGGAGAAGUUUAAAAGCCCAAAUGUUGAAGGCAAAAAAAGGAAUAGUGGUAACAGCACCCCUCUGGGAAAAGAUGAUGCCACAGAAAGAAGAUUAAGUCCUAGAGUACAGAAAGGAAGUACAAGUUCUUCUGAUAGGAAGAACACCACCCCAAGAAGCAGUGUUUCUUCUAAGAAGUCCAAUUCAAAGAGCCAUGUCAGUCCAAGGAGAAAGAAACAAAGAGGUCUUGUAGAAGAUGAAGAUAGAGGUGAUGAUGAUACUCUGCCUGUUGAAGACAUCGUUCCAACUGUUGUAAAGAACAGGAGAAGUUUGAACAGAAAAAAGAGCAACUCCUUGAAGGAUGUGUUUUCAGAUGAAGAGGAUCAUACUGUUACAAGAUGUGACUAUGUUCCUCCUGCUUCUGAUGGUGAUGAAAACAAUCUGCCAACUUCAGGAGAACUCAGAGAUGACGUCUGUGAACCAGAAGAGGUUUCAGCCAAUUGGAAGGCAUUUCAGCAAAUGAAAUGUGAUAUACUGGCCCAGAAAGGUCCGUCUCCGAGUAAAAGGCAAAACAAGGAAGCUCCCAAAAGACUGUCUCUGCCUUCAACACAAAAAUCAGACAAAUCCUCUUCUGACAAACGAAAAUCUGAACCAGCCAUCCCUUCCUCUCAGUUUGAUCGAAAUGGCAUUACAGAAAACCCUUCCACUCCCCAACCAAGGAAGACUCCACUGACGUUCAGUCAACAACCAUCACCAAGUCUUAGAAAGCCGCUUCAAAGUGUUCCAAGUAAGAAGGACAGUCCACGCAUCCGUAGCAGUUACAAGUCGCCCACUGAUCGCACACCCAAGGAAAACACUGAAAGGAUGACUUCCACACUAACGGAGAAGAGCACAGAUAGUGCAGCUGGACAGACAUCAGGAGUGAAGAAUGCGUGGCAAGAGAAGAAUCAUGUCCCCAUGACAUUUGUGACAACAGGUCUAAGCAAAGAGGAGACUCGAGCUGUGCAUGAGCUGGCUAAGAAGACAGGGUCUCGAGUCAAGCAGACGUUUGACAACAGCACCACUCAUGUCAUCACAAGAACAGAUGUGGACUUGUUCUGUUCCCGUACACUGAAGUUCUUUCUGGGCAUUGCAGGCAGAAAGUGGAUCGUGUCCUUUCAGUGGAUAUCUGCCUGCUUGGAGGAGGGGAAACAUGUACCAGAGGAGCCGUAUGAAGUGCGAGGAGAUCUGGUCCAUGGGUGUCAUGGCGGCCCACGACAAGCUCGUAGCAAUAAGGGCAAGCUGCUCUUGUCUAACUAUGAGAUCUGCAUCUAUGGGAAGUUCACUGCACUCACCAGAGAUGACCUGCAGUUCAUGGUUGAGCUGUGUGGGGGCACUGUUAUCAAGGAACCCCACAUGUUUCCUCAUGACAAGAAACCCUUGAUUGUGAGUCAGGUAGAUGCCAACCAACUCACAGAAGAAGACUACAAUAUGUUUUACCGCCGGUACGGAGUUUUAUCCGUGACAAGGGACUGGAUUCUGGACAGCGUAUCAAGUUACCAGGUCCAGCCAAUCAAUCGCUAUCUGAUGUGCUCAACACAGAACCAGAACGUCAUCGUCAUCGACUGAACUUUUGACAGAAGCUUUCUUUGCACUCUCUCUUCCAUUCUUUGGAAAAAUAUUCAGAUGUUCUAUUGGCAAGUCUACAACUGUUCUAGACAAGAUGUAAAUAGCUUUAACUAAACUAAUCUAUUGGAAUAGCGUAGUGUUGUUGUUUUUUAAUAUUAGGGAUAGAUAUAGUAUUUUACAUGAGUUUUUUUUCCUUUUAAGAUUUCUGCAUACUAAGGAAAUGAACUGUUUAUCUUCCAUAAGGCAUAGAUCUAUUGCGUAGAUAUAUUGCAAGAAAAUUGAAAACAAAAUGGUCAGAUGUUUCAAAUUUUAUCAAGCAUAUAAACUACCUAUACCCAAUGCCUGGACAUACUUACAUGUAAACAAGCAAUUAACCUAACGGAUGCAUCAUCAUAACUUGCUUAUUAAUAAACUUGGUCUAACUCCAUUAUUGCAUGUUUCUUCAAAGGUACUAUUAAGAUGCAUUCUAUAGUUGUAUUAAAAGUUCAUUGAAAAAUGAGAACUUGAUUCUGUGUCAGAUAGAGUAAGAUUUAUUUGUAGUCUUUGAAGUUUUUCAAUGACUUUCUUCCUUUUGUCCCAUAUUUGUGUUCCCAAAAAACUUUGUUUGUUUAUUAGCAUCUCCAUUACUGUUACAUAGAUUUCACAAUACCAGGAAUAUGCAAGUGUGAUGAUGUACAUGUACAUGUAAAUCACUGUGUGGCUAAUACAAGGCUGGACGGGGGUUCACCAGUUAGUGAAUCACCAACUUCCAGAUAGUAGUACAUUUGUACAUGUAAUUUCACCAUUCAUUGUACACCAGGGCAUGUCCCUACUCUUUUCCAAAAGAUGUCGUGGGUUGUUUGAAAUGCAUAUGAUGUGGCUCUCCCCAAACACAGGUCCUCC